AUGAGAGCACAACUACCAACAACCAGAAACCCUAAUUCCUCCACUUCCCCUUCUUCACCACAACCAACCAGGGCUUCAACCUCAUCCCAACAGUCAUGCUCAACAAUCCAGGAAGCGCAUCAAAGCCCACUACAACAUCGAAACCUAACUCUACCAACCAUACCUUCACCACCACCAUCACAAACUAUAUCCUUGACCACUUCACCAUCACAACCAACACCACCACCACCAACAACAACAACAAACCCUUCUGAGAUUGUAGCAACACCGAUUCCGACUCACCUAACCAAAAAGAUGACCCGACAAGGACUAAACUGGACCGCAGUUCCACAAAAUCCGAAUGCAAAGGGCACUGCAUCAUCAAUACCGGGAAAAGCGGAACAGACUGACAAAGGGAAAGCUAUACAAACCCAUCUUCCAGAACAUUCUAUCCAUGAUGUACAUUCAGUGGAACUAACAGGCCGAAAGAAUGAUCCUACUGACAUCCUGAUCACUAAAAGCCAAAUGGGACAGACAGUUCAACACCCAUCAACCCAGAUCCAUUUUGGAGGCCAGAUGAAAUUUGGAGUACCAACUGGUCAAACACAGUUCAUGGGCACAGGAGGAAUUGGGAAAUAA